GUUCUUAGUCGAUGUCAAGUGUUCAAUCAUUGUCAAAUUGUUUUGCUCGCAAUUUUAAAUUUUGUAUGAAAAAACUAUUAACAAUAAAAUUGUGGAGUUGAUAGUAACCGAUAGACAUAUUUAAGGAGUGGCCUGUCACCGAGCAAUGACCCCUGUAAACAUAGCUGCAGCUUUCAAGAAGACAGGAAUUUUUCCAUUUGAUCAGCAUGUCUUUAACGAAGGAGAUUUUCUGGCGAGUCAUUUGACGGAUAGACCACCUCCUCCAGAAUCGUUGGAAGAAUUACCUUCUACUUCUACUAGUGAAACAAAGGACAAAUACACCAGAAAAAGAUAUGAAACUACAAUUUGUGAGUCCUGUGGAAAUACGAGGAUAUCCAAAGAAAGCCAACGUACCAGCAAUACGCAAAACAAGAAGGGAAAGACAAUGAUCGCUACAGAUACACCAGAGAAAGACGAGCUACAAGAAAUUAGAAUAAAGAAGACGGCGAUUGAAACUGUUAAGGGAAAUAUGUUGUCAAAGGUUAAUGACUCCAAAGAGGAAAAAUGAUAGAAACUGAUAACUCUUCUUCUUCUUCAAAAUUUUUAGUUCACGAUUCAGAUAGUUCAAUGGGCCUUGAAAAUUCAGAUGAUGACGAAGAAGAUUUUACCAAUUUAACAGCUGACCCAGUCAUAGUUUCAAGAAUUCAAGUCAAAGAUUUCAUAUUGGUUAGACUUGAUUAUGAUGCCAAAAAUAAAACAGUGAAAAAGUAUUUUUGUAGGACAAGUUGUAAAUCACAAUAUUAUGGCUGUCGAAGUUAACUUUAUGAGAAAAAGUUCAAAAAACAAUAAAUGUUUUGUAUUUCCUAAUGUCACGGACAUUUGUACUAUUUCUUCAGGUCAAAUUGUUAAAAUAUUAAAAAAACCGCAUGUUACCAGUGGGCGUCAUUUUUUGUUAAUUUAGUAACUGAUAUUGUUGGGUUAUUACUGUACUGAUUUAUUUAUUUGUGAACUAUUACGCGAAUUGACUUUUAAUUAUUAUUAAAUAAAUAAAAGACUU